AGUUCAUCUCGGAGUUAUCAUGAAAGUCCCCUCCCCUGCAUGUUUUGUGGUCUGUGGUCAUGUAGCCUAGCUGUCUGUACGCAAAAGAAAACUACAACAUGCUGACGCGAGUCCCUCUGGGUUUCAGUUUGAGACAAAAGGACAGCUAGAUGCCACCUUUCUCUAAAGCCUCCUCCUUCUGCUCGCAAUGGCAGGUAGAGGCUUCGGGCCCACUGUCAGUAGAGCUUGAGGUGUGUCUCGUCAGAACCUGUCUGAGUGCCGGAGGCCAUGGAGGCUGUAGGGAUUUUACUGCUCGUUGCUGCUGUUGUGUUCAGUGCUGAAGGUGCAGCAUGUCCAGUCUCAAUUCCAUACUGUUACAGGAAAAGCACUUUAAAGGAAGAAGAUUUCACUUGUGAACUGGAGGAUAGAGAAUCUACUCAUGGCGUCAAAUAUAUUCUUUUUAUAGAGUCCAGAUCAUUUGCUAAUGCUCCUCCUGAACGUGUUAAAUUCGAAAGCAGAGAGCUGAUUGUACACGUACCUUUGGAAUACGUACUUACUGGAACUCAGUCAGAUAUAUGGGUAGAAAGGCAAAAAGACAAUAUAAAUUGUUCCUCCAACAAGACCACUGUCAUCCUUAAACAUUUAGUCAAAUAUAGUUCCCCUGACAUACAGAAAAAGGUAAGGUCAGCUGGAAAUCUGAUGCUAAGCUGGCCCAAAACAGAAGAUAACAAAGGUGCGAUUCAUGAGAUCAGAUGGAAGACGAUUAAUGCUUCAUGGCAGAAUGACACUUUUGAGACUGAGGACAAUAAAACAGACCCAUGGGACUCCUACCGUCUGCCGUUGCAGAUCCACUCAGUGUACCAGGUCCAGAUUAGACGCAAGACCAAGCAAUACCACAUCUGGAGUGAGUGGAGCAACACUGUUGAAGUUCCUGUCGAAAUUAAAGCACCCGUUGUCCACUGGAGACAAGAAAAGAAAAAUGGCAGGAGGAAAGUUACUCUCAAAUGGGAUGUUCCACCUCCUGAAGCCAGUUCCAGUGGUGUCACAUAUAACCUGACUUUAAAUUUUCCUUGUAAAACUAAAAAUAAAACCACAAAAGAGACGUCUUACAGCUUGACAGCAGCUGAUUCUGAACUUAGGGUGUCUAUCAUUGCUAUCAACGACGUAUCCACAUCACAGUUUCAAGAGAUUAUCAUACCACCUGUCCAGCAUUUAAAACAUUGCCACACAAGUUUACAAAAAAUGCCAAAAAAGCACUGCUUGGAGUGGUACAAGCUCGUAGAUGGAGAAACCCGAACAUCACACGUGAACACUUCCACCCGUGCUACAGUUAAAAGCAUUAAGAAUGGUAUGGAGAAAUUUGUGCGUUAUUACUACUUUAUUCACACCGGACAGAACAGACAUCGAACAACCAUAAGCAUGUGCCCUAUUUAUUCUGAGGAAGGAGCACCUGUUGCAGAGCCUCAUGUCACAGUUGUAAAUGUGACUGAGAAUUCGGCUGUGUUGACGUGGGUUCCGAUUCCAGUCCAGGACCAGCAUGGGUUCCUGCUGCAUUAUGCUAUCUGGAUCUCGAAAGGCAGCUCUCACAUGGCUUAUUUUGAAGUGGCGGAAAAUCAAACCAGGUUCCUUCUUAGUAACCUCAGUAAAGAUUCCUCGUACACUGUCUACAUUGCUGGCCGGACAAAAGCUGGAGCUGGGCCUAACGCCACUGAAUACUUCUCAACACUCACAGGCCCAUUCUUCAUUCCCAACAGUGGCUUUUCAAAGAUAAUCCUGACUGUCUUUGUUUCUGGAGUUCUGCUUCUGUUCUCCAUUUGCUUCUCUUUUGCUCUCAAAAGGUUAAGGAGGAAGCUCCUACCAGUGAUCCCGAGACCUGUGAUUCCUGACACGGACCCCCAUCUAGAUCACCAGGACUUAAAGGAAGUGACGGAGGAGGUGCACAAUGUUACUCUUCUGUAUCGUGAUGAUGUGGACAAACCCAGCAGAUGCCUCAACCUGGAGCAAAGCACUAUGCUGCAUGACUGCCGACAUACCAGUGAUGAAGAGGAGGAGGACGAAGAGGAUGAAGAGAUGGUGGCUCAUUUUAUCAAUUCCUUUCCCAAUCCCAACUACAAAGGGCAGAUGCUGAGGCUUUCUGAGCCGCUGGAGGUAGCAGAGAAAAGCCAAACGGAAAGUAACUGUGACAUUAGCACACCUUCAUACAGACCUGGAUCUGUACUUUAACCUCAUAAAGGAAUUAAUACACUUGAAUUCCCAUUCUAAGACAUGUUGUACUACAUGCAAAACAAUGCAAAUAUAACUGUAAUAAUUGUACAGUUAUAGGAUUGAGGGAUGUGAGGCUGGGCCUGCAGGUGGGCUUGUGAAUGGCAACUGCGAGAUGUGCCUUUAGGCUGUGUUCAGACUGUAGGUGAAUCAGAUUUGUUUCUCAAAUCAGAUCUUUUGAGAUGACUGUCCGGUUCAGAUUUGCCUGUCUGGACAUCACAAAUGUAUCUGCAUGGUUAGCUGUGUCGUUGUUAAUCAACCACCGUACAACCGUCACUCUGGAUUUGGCGAGCUUGUUGUUUCUUGCAUUGCUCAAAAGUGAGGACAAAAUUUAUUGAAAUCUGAUUUGAUCAUGCAGAGCAUGACGCAAGACAAUUCGCUAUGAUUUUUCACAGCAUCUGUGUUUCUGAAGAGGAUGAAAAAACUCCUAAAUAAGUAAAUACCAGAAAUUAUGGAAUAAUAGAUUUAUUAAUGUCAGUUUCAAAGAAUUUGAUAGCCAAUAUUCUUUACAGAAGGUUUACCCUAUUCAUAUAAUUAGCACCACAACGUGGAGUAAUGAAGCAGUAACUUUAGUUAAUAAAGCCCUACUAAUCCGGAUAGGAUUAUUUCUCAGUGGGACGUCUGUUAAAAAUAUUUCACACUUCUACGCAGUGAUAAAACUCUUGCACCCAGACUGCAAUUGAAAAAAACAGGAGGAUCAGUGAGUUUUUUGUCUUUCUCUGUUACAUGACAUCACGUUCAGUAGCUCCUCCAUUUCCACUCGCUGUUGUGUUUAUGUAGCUCUCCAUGGAAACUCAAGCCCACGUGUAGUUGCGUUGCAUGGCAGUGGACAAAUAGCUAUUUUAUUAAACGCGAAACGCGAUUAAUGAAAGAAAAUCAGAAAUGUGCAUCCAGAUGGGACUAAAAUUACUGGUUCAGCGAAAAACAGUAGGUAAUUCAGCCUGUCAUUUUCUCAGAGGACGUCUGAGAAAAACACAUACAUGGUCAUUCCAGACGGGAAUAAAAUCACAGAGGACCCCCCAUAAAUGAAAAAAUUACCUUAAUUACUAAUCCUGUCCGGAUAGGGCUUGAGUCAGAUUUUGGGGAUAAGUCUCACUGAGUUAAGAGCACAUAUGUUUCAAAGAAAAUGUAGAUAUAUGAUGUCACAUAUUGAUAAAGCAUCACAAGUGGAAAUGAUACAAUAUACUGCAUCACAGUAUCAAUAUUUUGUCCCACUCCCAGUACAAACUGAGAUGCUUCCAAUUGUACAAUCACAUUUCUAACUACCUCCAAUUGUACUUUAUAAUGAGAUUUAAUAAGAUUUGGACUUGCAGUCUGAGUCUGAGUCUUUAGUCUUCGAUACAUUGCCAGAUCUGCACCUAUGAAGUACAAGCAUAUCAAUUGUCACAUGGUCAAACAUGCACGUAUAAUUCUAGGUCAUGACACAAUAAAACACUGCAGUGUUGCUGAAAUGAUUUGUAAAAACUGCAAUUUUAGAUUUCACAACAUUGUUUACUUAAUGUGAAACCGGAAAUAACUCAGGUUCUAAGAAGUGACCUGAAAACUUCUUAGCAAACGGGCUGAGGUGGCAGAGAUUAGUCACUCUCAAACGCCCAGUUGUGGUCACAUGUAUGAGCACAAGAGCUCGGUUUCACGAACAAAACUUCAGAACAUGCCGUUGUUUAAGAGCUUUUUUAGUGUACAUUACACUGGUGAGAAGCAUUAGUGUUUUCCAACAUAUGUAGGAGUUUGAAUCUAAAUAUAGAACAUAUUGUAGUAGGUUACUGUUAGGCAUGGAACUAAUCCUUUUUCUGGACGAUAUUAUCCUACAAAUAAUUGCAAUAAAUGAUUAUUAAAACCAUGAUAAUAUAAUUACAAUGUUUUAUAGAACAUUAUAUUUAAUGAAUUAAUUACAUUAUUAAGAACAUUCAGAAUUUGAAUUUGUAAUAUAAAAUGUUUAAAACUACUUCUAAAUCCUAAAUAAAUACAAAUAUAAAUAAAAUAAAACUUCUAUGUAAACUGGACUUUUAGGCUCUGUGGGUAAAUAUUGUACGGAAUAUUUACACUUCAGGUGACUAGCAUCUGGAUUGUAAUUUGGAUUUUAUUAGUCAUAGUAAAAUUUUAUUUCUGUGUGGGACAGAAUAUGCAAAUUUGGUCUUUGCAUGACAAUUAUUACUGUUUUUUUCAGUUGCACUGAGAGAAGUUUCGGUUCUCAAAAGCAUCUUAAAUAGACAGAUGCAUUCACAAAGCUAAAAAGCUUUGUUUCAGGCUACCUCUUGAAGUGUUUUGGGUCUGUAUAAGAUAGAUAAGAUAAGAUAAGAUAAGUUAAGAUAAGAUGCCUCUACUGUCGUUACACAGUGUACAGUGAAACUGAGCAGUAGUCCAAUGGCACUUUAAACGAACAGUAAAUAAGUAACAAUAAUAAUAGUACUACUAUAAAUAAUAAAUUAGACUAUUAGACUAUAAUAAAAAUGAAAUAUUCUAAGUGAAAUUAAUUAAGUAACAACAAGUAGAAGGUCAGCUGUAUUGCCAUUGGCUACGCAACUGGCUAAAAUAUUGGUUCAUUGUUGAUUGUCAUAUGAGUCGAUAAUGUAAAAAUCAUGACCGGCCUACUUAUUAUGCUAACUUUACUAGAUGAAUCUAACCCUACAACAGACCGUAGGUAGUAGGUUAUCAUGCUAAAUCUAAGAUCUGGAUCUGACCAUAAAACAGGGUGUAGAAGAUUACCCUGCAGAGACUGUGAGUUUGUUUAUGAGCACCACAGAUCUCAAAUCUCAGCACAAAUCAGACACAGUUUCCACAAUAUUCAGAUAAAAAUCAAGCAGAAACAAAUGAUCAGGGUGUGAGACUUAAGUGUAGUGUUAGAGUGUAGUGGUUUUUGUGUGCAGCUUCAUGGUUUAAGUAAAGCAGAAACCAGUAAACAAAUCUGAAUGAAUAUGUGUAGGUUUUGCAGCCUGCUUUUUUUUCUUUUUUCCAUUGAGCAGAACCAGCUAUACCCAGUUCUAAAUGUUAAGAGAGAAGGAAGUCUCGACUGACUGCAAAAACAUCAGAAAAACAUUCAUACCAGAACAUUUCAUGUGUCACACAGUGAUCAUUUAUUACGCUUUAUUCAGAUUUUGAAUUACUUAAUUUUGAUACUGUGCAACAUCACAAGUUUCUGUCUUGACUGGUUAGAAGGAAGUUGUAAAAAGUCAUUUAUAUCUAUUUAAUAAAUAAUAUAUUUUUAAAAGUUACCUUUUAAUACAUUUAAUGUUAAUCAAUUGUGAUCACAUCUCUGUGAUUUCAAAGUGUGAAAAAUAUCAUAAACUAUAAACUAAAAUUAUCAACAAAAUGUGUCUAAAAUGUUUGUCAAAUAAAAGGAAAUGAAGACAAAAUAAUCCAAAA